GCUUGACCUCGCCUACCUCACAGGGUUGUUGUGAGAAUAACAUGGAGAGAGGGGAGCCUGGAACAGAAUAAAGUAAGUGGGGUAACAGCGUUAAUCACGGAUAGAUGGGGAAACAUUAAUAAAGGUACUCCGAGGCUCCUUUCCCCACCCUAUUUUCAGGGACUCCUUCCCAAAAGUACUUUCUAUCCCUUCUCAUCCUCGCUGUGAGCCCCUAUGGGACACCAACCCCGCCUUUUCGGGGUAUCACCCAGAGGGGGGAAAAAACUUCCCACAUCUACGAGCCUACCAUUCAGCAACAUACACUCGGCGGCCCCCACCUCCCAACUGGGCACCCCCACGCUCCUGAAAAUGGUACGACCCUUCGCUCUCGGACAACGCGGCUCGUCAUUGAGAACGAAGGAUCAGCCGACGUAGGCGGGGGAAGAGGAGAAAGCUGGGCGUGGGCGCGCCAAGGGGCGAAAAUUUCCCCCCUGUUCCUCCUCGUCGUCGACGUCAGAUGCUAGGAACCAACCCACAUGGCUGCCUUUUCAAAGAGGGCUCUCAUUGGCUAGACUUCCUUGAUAGACUCUGGCCCGUGCCCACUCACCACGCGCGGCGGUUCCUCGUGGGACCAAUUACGGUACAGCGGAGCGCGGGUUAGGGGGUUCGGAGGGCGGGUGAGAAGCUUUUCCGUUGUCUCUGCCGCCAUUUUGUGCCGUGGGCUGCCGCCGCCGCUGCUGCUGCUGCUAAGGCAAGGUAACGAGGUGCAAUUCUGGGCGGUUGGCUGAAGUGUAAAGCGGGGUUGGGUGGGUUUUGUGGAUUUAAAUAAUACUGAUAAUAUAAUUGGUAAUAAUUGUUAUGUUAUUGACAUUAAUUCCUCCUCGCCUUAUUCUUCUGUUAUAUAUCGAUACUUUAAUAUCUAGCAUUUUUUAAUUAUAUGCCACCCGAUAACCAACUUCUCCAGGUGGCGUAUACGAAAACAGCGAAGUACGAUAACAUACAAUACUAGCAGUUAUUUUUUAGAAAGCAGUAUGUGGUCAAUAUGAACCCUUUCAGUUUUAUCCUAAUUGAUGUUGACACGUUGUUAGAUUAAAUACUGUAAUGUAAACUUAAUAAGAUCUUAAUAUUAUCCAUAACGUGCUAUAUAUUGUUAGCACGUUGUGUUUAUACUCUUAACAAUAAGCAUAUUCCAGUGUUAACGUUCAUUUCUAUCAAAUAAUGAAGAAAGUAUUACGUUACGUGCUCAUUGUUGUUGCUGUUGUGUUUCUUGCCUACCCCUUGCCAGACAGUCCCAGGGUGGAAUUGCAGCAUUUAAAAAACAUGAGACAGUAAAACAGCUCUAUCAUCCAUAACCCCGCCAAAAUAAUUCCACACAGCGCAUUACUCAAAAGACCAGGAUAUAGAGGUGUGUCUUCAGCAACGAAUGGAAGCUGUAAAGACAUGGUGUCUGUUGUGGAGAAGGAGUUAACUGUUCUUGGGGGCAUCCCUGAGAGGGCACUCUCGUGAGCUGUAAGAAGUUCUUCAGGUGGCUUACAAAAUAAUGGUUUUGUUAGCAUUAUUGUUGUUGCAGUUUAUUAUUAUCUUUGCAUCAGUGUCACUGUGUACACGUAAAUUUACAAAGUCUUAAAUGUAAAGAGAGAGGGCAGGGGGUCCGUGUCCCAAUAAGUUUAUUAUUAAAAUGUAUACCCUAUCUUUCAAUUAAAUUAACAAGGCGGGGUAUGGAUCUUUGCAAACAGUAAAUAGAUUUGGGGGCUGAAAUCACCCCCUUCUCAUUUUACUUAUGACACUUCAGCUAGUGUAGUGAAGUUGUGGGGGGGAGAGAAAAGCAAUUAAGUCAUUGUGUGACAAAAAUACUUUAUUUGCUUUCUACUACCCUGUUUAGCUUACCUCAUUUGAAAGUGAGAUACGUAAAGGUUCUUGCUAAACUGAAGUAUUGUGCUUUUGCACCAUCUUCUGAGUGAAAUCCAAUUUAAUUUCAAUGAGUUUUUGUGGCAGAGUACAAUGGAUAUGUGCUACUUUUAUUCUUGGGAUUAAAUGUUAUGUAUUACAUUCCUCUCAUGGUAAUAAAUGGGGUAGAGGGGGUCUGCUUCUGAUUGGGACUGUGACAGGAGCAAUGGGUUAAAGGCUGAGGCCCUGGUCUCCCUGUCAAAUGUUCUGAUGGAGGGGACACUAGGCCAAUUUGCUGCUGAGCAUCCUCUCUCAGUCCAUGGAGGUGAUGGGGCCCACAGGUUCUCAGGAGGACCUUUGAUCAGUGAAAUGGACUGGCUACUGGUUUGAACAUAAGUGGCACAAGUCUCUCAUGGAACAUGGCCAAGCAAAGGUAAGAGUGUAUGUUCACACCUACCAUGUGGUGGUGAUGGCUUAUUACUUUGCCACCAUGGCAUCCUCACAUAGCUGUUUAGCAGAGCUGUUCUACAUAGUUCAAGGUUUCCCACCCCUCAUGAGGGGGAACUAUGGUUAUCACUUGCUGUGAGAGAUUUGCAAGGCACUUUUAAUACAAAAUCAUUUGUAUUUGGUCUGACAUGGACUGCAUAUUUCUGCAGGUCAAGGGGAAGUCUCUGGCAGUGUCAAGGUUGGAUAAAUGGGAUCAAUUUCAGCUGUUGUGCCCCAAUGACCUGGUGAAGAUACUUGAAGGGGUUUGGCCUACCACCUGCAAUCUUAACCCUUUGCUCAUCCAGGCUUAUAAAAUCUAGUUGAAAGGGAUUGACUGGGUGAAUCCCAGCAGUGGUGAAUACUUCAUUUAGGGAGCAUUGUGCUGUGUUGGCUGCUUUGAAGGAGAGUGCAACCCCUCCUGAAGAAGCCUUCCUUAGACCGAGAAAUAUGAUACCCACUUUUGGGAGCAAGGCAAUUGAGAAGGUAAUAGCUGUUCAACUUCAGGUGUGCUUGGAAGAAGCAUCCUAUCAUGGCCUAUUUCAGUCAACUGCCUGGUUUGGGCACAGAGACAGCUUUGGUUGCCCUUACUGAUUAUUUGAAUUGGGAGAGGGAUGGGAGUGUGUAUGACUCUGUUGAUUGUCACUUAACAGCUUUUGAUAUACCGUAUUUUUCGCUCUAUAAGACGCACCAGACCACAAGAUGCACCUAGUUUUUGGAGGAGGGAAACAAGGAAAAAAAUAUUCUGAAUCUCAGAAGCCAGAACAGCAAGAGGGAUUGCUGCACAGUGAAACCCACAAUCCCUCUUGCUGUUCUGGCUUCUGUGAUAGUUGUGCAGCCUGCAUUCGCUCCAUAAGACGCACACACAUUUCCCCUUACUUUUUAGGAGGGAAAAAGUGAGUCUUAUAGAGCAAAAAAUACGGUACUUAGCUCUGGUGUCCUACUGGCCGCUUUCGUAAAUUGGGAAUUGGAGGCAGUGUUGUGCAAUGGUAGUUCAUCUACUCUGGGUACCAGAUUCAGGGAAUAGCUUUUUGAGAUUCCUGCUUGUCCCCAUAGUAAUUGCGCUGUUCAGCUUUGUAGGGGGUCCAUCCUGUCUGCCAUGCUGUUUAACAUCUAUGUGAAGCUGUUGGGUACCAUCAUAAGGGGAUGUGGGAUGAGUUGGCAUCAAUAUGCUGAUGAUGCCUUCUUGCAUUGGAAUCAGAAGGCUUUUGGGUGCGAACUGAUUUUCUGGAAGUGGUGGAGGGCGGGGGGCGGGCACUGAGCUGAAAGUAUGGAGAUUCUGUGGCUUUUUGGUCCUAUAUUCAGGAAGUGGGUUCACACCUUAUUCUGGAGAGGUUGCACUCCCAUUAAAAGAUCAUGUAUGUAGACUCUAGUAGCCACAUUGUCACAGAGUGUCUGUUACUAGCUACUUUUGGUGUACCAGCUAUGGCCUUUCUUUGACUGAGAUAGAGUGGCUACAGUAACUCAUGAUUUGGUAAUUUCCAAACCAACUACAGUACAGUGGUGCCCCGCAAGACAAAUGCCUCACAAGACGAAAAACUCGCUAGACGAAAGGGUUUUGCGUUUUUUGAGUCGUUCCGCAAGACAAAUUUCCCUAUGGGCUUGCUUCACAAGACAAAACGUCUUGCGAGUUCUUGCGAGUUUGUUUCCUUUUUCUUAAAGCCGCUAAGCCGUUAAUAGCCGCUAAGCCGCUAAUAGCCGUGCUUCGCAAGACGAAAAAACCGCAAGACAAAGAGACUCGCGGAACGGAUUAAUUUCGUCUUGCGAGGCACCACUGUACUGCAAUGCACUCUACAUGGGACUAUCAUGCCAUAGGGGUUUCAGUGAUGGUUGAAACCAUUUUUGUUUCCUUUGGGUAGUGGCAGAAGAAUAAAUGUAUUUUUAUCAUAUCAGAAAUGUGUGUGUUAGUUUUAGUUGUAUAAUUUUUUAAUUUUAUUUUUUAUUUCUGUUGAUGUGACCCAUACCCUACAAGGGUAUAAAUCUCAAUGAUAAAUAAAACUUCCCCUCAGCCCACACUACUGUCACAAUUCAGUUUCCACCCCAUACACCGACUAUUUCAUUAAAAACAACUAUGCAAUACUAAACCAAUGUCACAUCUAGUUUUGCCCUAAACUAAACUCGUGCUGCAUGCACACCAUACAUUUAAAGCAGUUGGGGUCUCCCAAAGAAUCCUGGGGACUAUAAUUUACCCCUCAUUGAACAAUUCCCUGUACCCCAACAAUCUACAGUUCCCAAGAUUCCUUAGGAGAGCUUGUGUGCUUUAAAAGCACAGUGCAUAUGCAGCCCAUAUUUAGGCUUCGGUCUUAUUGAACUCAAAAGCUUGUUUCUAUAGAGCCAUGCAAAGGACUGCAUUGUUAACUUACUAUCUAAAUUAGAAAAUGAGAGGACGGUGAGGUAAGCAGGUAGCAAAAGCAAUUAAAUGCAUGUACUUGCAUUUUUGUUUGUUUGUUUGUUUGUUUGUUUCAGAAGUUUAUAUGCCAUCUUUCCACUCCCUCAAUAGAGCGCUUGGUGGCUUGCAAUAUAUAUGAAAUAAGAGUCCUAACAAUACAUUUUUAAAAAAAACAUACCUUAAAAGAGCAUGAAAAGAGAUGCAGUGUCAAUCUUGGUUAUAAUUGCAGUAGUGAGAGUGGGGGGAUGUAAUCCAAAGGCCCUGAGGAGAGACUGGUUUUUUGAAAAGGAAUUUAUUUGAAGGUAGAGAGCUGUGCACUUCAAGAGGGUGUGGCACAAAUCCACAAAGCAGCACCAACAGAAGGAGCUCCAAUUCAAUAGCAGAUACUGAAUAAACCAACCCAGCCUUAAUCCCCAAAGGUUAGGAGAGAUGCUGCUUUGUGGAAGGUAAUUCCAGAGGGAUGUACCUCACAAAAGAUGUUCUGAUCUUCUGCUAUAGCAACAAUCUGUUGCCCAGAAAUUCUGUAGGGGAAGCUUUUAUUGCAUGAAGUGAAUGUAAAAUAGUCACUUUCUACAUUUUUCUAUGCCAAGCCGCUGUUAAAGGCACAGAUAAAGGGCCUGAAAAAAGAAAGUAGGAAUGACAUUGCUUAUGGUAGGUUGAUAGGUUUUGUUACAACCAAGCAGUAUACAGUAAUACCUUGGAAGUUGAACAGAAUCCGUUCCGGAAGUCCGUUCGACUUCCAAAAUGUUUGAAAACAAAAUUGCAGCUUCUGAUUGGCUGCAGGAAACUCCUGCAGCCAAUCAGAAGCCGCGGAAGCCCCAUCGGACAUUCGGAUUCCAAAAAACCGUUCGCAAACUGGAACAAUCACUUCCAGGUUUUGUGGCAUUUGGGAGCCAAAAUGUCUGAGUUAUGGGGCAUUUGGUAUCCAAGGUACGACUGUAUAAAUAAAUGUUGCAGCGUGUGGGCGGAAUGCAUCUUUGGAUUUGUAUGUAGAGGCCUGCUUUUACAGAGACUUUAAACAUGAUUAAGACGUUAUUGUGAGCUGCUUUGAAUAUCUGAAUGCUUAAGAGGUGAAUAUAAAUCUGUUGAAUAAGUGAAUCUUCUUAGAAAAUCAGUUUGUGGUAAAUAGGAUAGAUCACUUGCUUUGGAUAUAUAGGAAAUCCAGGUUUAGAUCCUUCAGUUAUUAUUACUCUAAAAGUUUAUAUUCUUCCUUCCAAAGGAGCUCAGGGAAGCAAGUACAUAAGCCUAAUAACAAUAUUUCUAAAAACAGGCAGUCCAUCUGCUGCAUGGAGAAAGAGGGGGGUUGUGCCUGCACACUGCUAUCCACACACAUAAGAGAAGAACUUCUGAAGAGGAGAGUCUGCCUGAAGUACCUGUGACUUAGAGCCCUGAUCACACCGGUUUGCAAACCAUGGGAAGGCUACUUAACUAGAGUCUGCUUCUCUGCACAGAUAUCCCCCCCCCCACCGUAUGGGGGUAGAGCCAUACCCCCAAGAUUAUGAUCUCUUGGAAGAUAGCACUUGAAGGGGGCUUGUGAAAUUCAUUAGAUGCUAUUGAUCUUGAUGUGAGGAAUUGUUCUUUGACUAGUGAAUCCCGGUUUGGUUUUCUUUCUUUGUGUAAGUGUCUUAAUACUGUUUGUCUUCCUUCAUUGAAAUGCAGCCUCUUUCUUGUCCCCCACGCUCAGCAUUAGCCACCAUGGUGAAACUUUUUAUUGGCAAUCUUCCUCGGGAGGCCACGGAGCAGGAGAUCCGCUCCCUUUUUGAGCAGUACGGACGGGUUCUGGAAUGCGACAUCAUCAAGAACUACGGCUUUGUGCACAUUGAGGACAAGACGGCAGCCGAGGAUGCCAUCCGCAACCUGCACCAUUACAAGCUGCACGGGGUGUGCAUCAACGUGGAGGCCAGUAAGAACAAGAGCAAGGCUUCCACCAAACUGCACGUAGGCAACAUCAGCCCCGGCUGCACCAACCUGGAGCUGCGAACCAAGUUUGAGGAGUAUGGGCCGGUGCUUGAAUGCGACAUUGUUAAGGAUUACGCGUUUGUGCACAUGGAGAGAGCAGAGGAUGCCGUGGAGGCCAUCAGGGGCCUUGACAACACAGAAUUCCAAGGUGGGAAAGGGGGAGCCAGGUGGGCUAGGAACAGGAAGGAAAAAGACCCAUGUACGGGUUCGCCUCUCCCACGGGGGCUGACAAGAGUUCCAAACUACUCCAGCCAUGUUCAGCAGCUAGGAGGGCUGUCCGCUGGCUAGAUUUUAAUAUUUGAUUAGUCUGGCUUCUAACCAAUGAUUUUCUUAAAUAGAUUCAAUUUAAAUACAUGUACAUUCUUGGCAAAAGGCCUUGUUUGAGGAUUUGAAAGUGGGUACUUUAUUUUCUGUGUGAGAAAUUUAAUGAACCAAAGCUCACUGCUUUCUGAAAAGGAAGGCCUCCUCAAUACGUUUGCAUCCAAAUUUGUAGAGCCAGAACAAUUUCAAAUACAUGUUUUCAACCAGUAAAUUUAAUGAAAUCCCAGAAAGAUGCCUUAAAAAUUGAUUUUAGCUGAACAGCCAGCGUAUUAGAAGAAAAACUUUCAAUGUAUCCUCCCACCCCAAAAGAAGUUUUCUAACUUUAAAUUUAAAUUUAAAAAUGACUUUAGAUUUCUCUUACAUCCAGUUCAGAACAGCAGUGAAAAAGCCCCCAGGUCUUUCAGAGUUCCCAGGUCUCUGCUUCUUUUUAGCCCUACUAGUUAUGUGGUGUUUGUGGAUGUUCAGUGUGCAUUUAAAGUUUUAGUUGGUUAUUGAUUGAAUUGCUAUAAGCAUGCAGCACUGAUGACUGAAGAUUGGCUCAAAUCCAUGUGAUAUGGAUCCCACCCACCACCUAAUCAGCCUACCCUUCCUCCUCACCCAGCUUCCUUACCUACCUGUCACUUUCCUUUCAGCAAGUACAUCCUUUUUAAAAACAAGAACUGCCUCUCUUCUUCCCGCUUCCUGCCUCUAUAGCCAUCAAUCACUUAAGCCCAUGCUUCCCAGCCCACUGCCUGCUCUGUUCGCAUUCCUUCAGCCAGUUUACUUUUGCACUUCCUGUGUUUUCUACUUCUAGGCCUUCUUAACUGAUUCCCCCCCCACACAUGCCCUUUCCCUUUAUUGCUGACAGCACAUGGCUUCUCUUUCCCAAGGCCUGCACGACCUUUUACUUCUCUCUUAGAAGCUGCAGUAUUUAUCAACAUUCUGUUGCUAACAGCUUCCUGCCGAGCAGUUAGAAUGUCAUUGUUAGAUCCAAGACAACAUAGCAAAUCUGAUGGCUAGGGGCAGGCAACAAAGACUGAUUUUUUUAGCUUGUUCUAGUAAUCUACUAUUUCUAUUCUAGUAAUUUAUUUCUUUUCUUUUCUUUUUACUUCCACUUUUUGGGGGUUUGGAGAGGGAUAUAUACGUAAUUUUGAGAAUGUUGAACAUCUGAGUUGUACUUUAGUUGGUUACUAAAACUCUUCAGUACAGUGUUUGCAAAAAUGUGUUAACAAAACAAAUUUCUCCAAUCUGGAGCUUUUUUUGGGUGGGGGAAGAAAUCAAAAAUAACCAUCCACGUCAAUUUUUGCUGAGGUUGAUAGCUUCCAGGUGAGAAUUGCAUAAUAAUAUAUUAAAGCACUCUUUCUUCCAACAAAACAACAACAACAACACAACCACCACCACCACCACCAAAAUGUACAAUUAAAAUGCACAGGUUUUUUUCAUUUUCCUUUUAGCUUGUCUGGAAAGUGGUUAGAAUCUAGUUAUAUUAUGCUGAUAGGUAACUCUGUAUAUAAAGUUAGAUGUCUCUAGGGAGUGGUCAAGGCAAGGAAUUGGUAGGGUUGUAAGUCAUGUGAGCAAAGGCCUGGUUCAUUUGAAAUUGUUUGGCUGAGCUGUGUUCAUGGUGGGGUGGGGAGAAGCCUGUAUAGAGUUAAGACAGGGAUAAACAUGUGCUGAAAUAAGCCAUAAUAUUUAUUACCUAUUAAGCACCCAUAAAGAUAAGGCAAGCCUCCACCUUUGCAGUCUCUCUGUUGCUUCAGCAUCUUAGGAGUUGCAGAUCAAUGCCCAUUAUGUGUUUGCUUGUUUCAUCUCCCAAUCUGGCAGUAUUAAGCCACACUUUGAGGUGAGAAAUUCCUACUUGCAGUCCUUUUGGCUCCAAAGAGUAUCCAUAAGGAAGUUGUAUAUAGUCUUGGAUUCGGUGUUGAAGACUUUAUACAAUUAAAUUCAGCCACUGUAGCUAACUUGGCAGCGAAGUGUGUUUCUCUGUGCCAGGGUUCUUCACUCAUACUCACUGAAGACUGCCAGGCUAGUAACAGUGAUUGUUGACGAAUUCCAGGAGAUAACUAAGUAGCAGCAAAAAAGGUACAAAUUGCCUGAACCAGAAGGGGUUUUUGCAAACACAGCUGAUCAUGCAAAGAUGAGAGAAGCUUUGCUGAAGUUCCUUCUUCAGUAGUGUUACUCAGUUAAAAGUGGGGUCUGGUGAGCAGUGCCUGCCCUGUUCAUGCAGCUUUUAAGGCACAGGAUCCCAUCUGCUUCUUAUUUGGAGUUGUGGGUUGACAUGCAGUGGAGCAUAAACCCCAAAAGGUGAGAUCAAGAACACAGAAGCUGUUUCCCAGUAACCAAGCUGUGCAACCUGAUCCAUUGGACAAAAGUGGGCAAGAAGGAUAACUUUGGAAGCUGAGCCACAUGUACUCCCAGGCAGAGUUAGAAACUAAGAUAUAUAAGCUAAUCACCAAAUGGCACCUUAAACCUAGGUAACGGUCGCCACAACAGAAUGUCUAGGUGCCAUUUCCCCACCCCCAGUGGAAUUUUUAUUGGUUACUCGUUUCAUUUCUACAGCAGUUUAUAUUUUUUUUAAAAAAAAAAAAUUCAAAGCAGUUUACAACACAUUACAACAUCAGAUAAAACAAUCCAGAAUAGAACAAUUUCAGGCUUCAAGGAAAAUAUUUCAGAUCCUUUUCUGAGUGACAUUUUGCUUUUCCCAUAUUUAUUUACCUACUUAAUUUAUAUAGCUGCCCCACUCUAGGAAGUCAGUGUGGUGUACUGGUUAGAGUGUCGGACUAGGGCCUGGGAGAUCAGGGUUCAAACCCCCACUUAGUUGUGAAGCUCACUGGGUAACCUUGGGCCUGUCACAGCCUCUUAGCCUACCUCACAGGGUUGUUGUAGGGAUUAACUGAGGAUGGGGGUGAACCAUGUGCACCUUGGAGGAAAAGGUGGGAUACAAAUGCAACAAAUAAGCUCUUCUGCUUACCUGCUUAAGAUAGCUGGAGGGGCCAGCCAGAUGGAGAGGUCAGUUGCCAACCUGGCAUCCAGAAAUCUCCACGUGGUCGCAGUUGGACCCACACCAGUUGCAAAGGGCACCUGGGAAAUUUCAAACACUACUCUCAGGAUGACCUGGCCUCUUUCCAUCAGGAGGUAGGUUUUAUCCAGGGGUUGUUGUCUAGGAGCAAAAGCAGCUGCUGAACUGUGCAUGAAAACCCCAGGCGCAAAAAGGUUCCCUUCCUCUCCACUAUCUUAACAAGAUUGGGGGGGGGGUAUUGAGAUUCCCCUGUUUCCGGGGGGGGGGGGUGUUGGAAUAAAGGAGAGCUGAAAAGGAGCAGUGGUCUUGGGACAAGCUUGUAGGGGGCUUCAUACGUAAGAAUUGCCCUUACUGUGUCAGACCAACACCCUGUUUCCUGUAGUGACCAUCCAGAUGCCUGAGCCCUUUCCCACUUAUGCUUCCUCGUGACUGGUAUUCAGACUGCCACUACAGGUAUCAGAUAGCCAUUGUUAGUAGCCUUUUGGAUGCAUGUGGCAGAAAUCAGCUGGGUUGAACAUUAAACCUUUUCACUGCUGAAAUAUGAGGGCACGGACUGUAAACGGUUGCCCUCAAUUAAAAGGUGGACUAGGCUAGUUUAGUGAGCAACACCUGCCCUGCAUUGCUGGGUGGAUGCUAUCAGCCACUGUGCAUGGUAAGACCACAAGGCUGAAGGAUUCCUGUAUUGCGGGGGAUUGAACUAGGUUGCCCUCGUGGCCCCUUCCAGUUCUAUGAGUCUAAGGCAGGUGGCAGCAGAAAGAAAAAGACUUGGCUGGCCUUGUAAGAACUAAGCCGUGCUAUGUUUGGCUGUGUGCCAAGUGUAAAUCUUUCAUUUGUGGUGCAUGUCUGGUUCUGGUCUGGCUUGAGGAAAUGGGUGGUCUUCGUUUAUGACUUCCGUAAGGGGUCACUGUCCUCGUCCCUGAUGCCCUGCAACCUCUCUGGCUUCCAUUUAGUUGCUGUGCUAGCGGUUUCUCUGGGCAUGAAAAGGUCUGUCUGUCUGUGAUAGGCCAGGAAUAGAGACAGGGCCAUAGUCAGGGAUCUCAAUUAACUGCAUGUCUUGAAAGCUCAGGAAGCCUUAUCCUGCAAGAUCCCUCUGAGCAGAAUGAAUAGAUUACAUUUGAUUCAUUACAUGCAAGUUUUAUUGGUGUCAGGGUCAGGGAAGUGCUGUUGCCUUUGGAAAAUGGAGGGGCAAGGAAUUGUGGAUCAAGAAUGUAAGGUUUAAUUCAGUGUGAAACCAGAGUUGGAACUUUCUUCAUAUCCUUUUAGAACCUUUAGCAUACAUUGCUAUGCCCCUAUAAGCAUUUCAUCCCCUCAUAAGGGUCACAAAUGUUAUUUUAAAACAAAAUAACAGCAACAGUUUUUUCUGGAGUGUUCAGGACCACAUAAUGGGAUAUUGUAUGUUUCCUGAUGCAGCCAUACAGUAAGCUAGCUAAGUAAGCUAGCAAAGUUUUUGAACCUAAGCCUCCUGGGUCUGCUGGCUCAUUCGGGCUUUACCAUAACAUUCUGCAGGCCUGCCAAAAUAUUUUUGAGUUAACUGCAGCCAGAACCAUGUUUGGGGAUUGAAUGAAAUAGUUCACAUUCCUAAGCAGGCUGGAACAACUCUGCUGCUGCUGUAUGCUCUGCUCCUCAGGUAAAUUGGUGGGCUAUUCCAAGUCAGAAGGUGCAGGAUUCCACUUUCCCUGCCGCCAGGGACAACUGGUCCCAGAAACACUUUUUAUUUUGCCUCUUGUACUGUUAGCUGUGCAGGCUGGGCCAGCUGGUUGUCGUGACAUAAACAAGCAAACAAACCUGACCUUCUGUGCUUUUGCUUUGAACUGUUUUUAACAAAUCUUUAUAGCUGCCCUUCUUGCGUCUGUUUCUUCAAGGCAAACGAAUGCGCGUGCAGUUGUCCACCAGCCGUCUCAGGACCGCACCCGGGAUGGGAGACAAGAGUGGCUGCUACCGGUGUGGGAAGGAGGGUCACUGGUCUAAAGAGUGCCCGGUAGAUCGCACGGGGCAAGUGCCCGAGUUGACCGAAACUUAUAGCGAGCAAUACGGAAUGGUGCGCACCCCCUACCCUACGGGCUAUGGGGACCCCGUGUAUUAUGAUGACCCUUACGGAAUGGUGGACUACUAUAAACGGUAUCGCGCGAGGUCCGCCGCGGCGUAUGGGGCUUCUGCAUACGACGCUUAUGCGGAGCAGACCAUGGCCCAGUAUUCCCAGUACGCCCAGUACUCACAAGCCACGGCCAUGGCCAAUCGCCUCUCCACUGCCUUAGAGCCCUACGAGAGGGCCUUGCUGCCUGCCUCGGGAACUGCAGCAGCAGUAGCUGCUGCGGCGGCGGCCGCGACUUCCUCAUUUUACACCCGGGAUAGAAGCCCCCUGCGUCGCUCGGCAGCUGCGGCUUCCACCGUCGGAGACGUGUACGGAUACGAGCGUGUUCAGCUUUCUCCCGUUCCGCGAUCAUCCCUCUACGAUGUCCAGCGGUUCGGGCGGGAUGCAGGCGCGGACAGGUUGCGAUACUCCGCGUAUUGAGUCUGGAGGUGAGAGCGUUUUUUUCCUGAGUCGCUUGGAGGAGGGGGAUGGCACAUUAGCAUGGCUGGUGAGACUUGGGAAAAUGGUCUGCUGUGUCUUGAGGGAUACCUUCUGGUAUCUGCUGUGCUCUGGAUUGCAAAGCUGCUGGCAGCAGCAUAGGCCUAGCACUUAGGAUAUCUGAGGCAACCUGGAGCAAGCGAUGCAGCUGGGUGUGGGAGGUGUAGUUUGGACCACUGUCACCAGCCCAGCAAUAGAGGGAGGAGAAGCGAGCUGUCCUUGAGGGUUUUGCUACAUAGCUGGACUGUGAGUAUUCUCCUGUGGGAAGAAUAGGCUCCACUCUCCUGCUCUUAAAAUCUGGCCCAGUCUGUCAAUUUCUUGCUCUCCAGCCCAAGUGCUUCGGUUGUUUUCCCCGCUGUUGCCAUUGACCUUGCACCUUUGCCAUCUGCUCACAAGGCUGCCAGCAUCCCCCUUGCAUAUGUAGCUUGGUAUGCACUAUAGAGGCUGGGGCUGAGGUGUAGCAGUCACUCUGGCUUGCAGUGGCCUUUGGACAACGCUGCUCUGAAAUAACCAGCAAGUCUUUAAGCAUCCAGAAAAUUCCCCAGCUUCAUCUCUGAGCUGUGUGCUGGGAGGGUCAUUCGCAGAGGGCCUGUGAAUUUUCAAAGAUGACAGCUUGUCAAAGGUGCAGUUUCAACAUCUCCUUACACAAGAUUAGCCAUGCUGAAUCAGACCAAGAUCUGCCUAGACCAGCCUUCUCCUUACAGUAGUGGCUAAUUAGGUACGUCCCAAGCUGGGCAUAAAGUUGAGCUUCCCUUGUCUACUCCAGCAUUCAUUCAGAGUUGUCCUGCUCAAUUCAUGGAGGUGGCCAUUGAGAAGAUAUCCUCCUUUAUGAAUUUGUCUGAUUCUUUUUAAAAGCCACAAUUCAGUAGCCAUCACCCCAUCUUCUGAUAGUAAAUUUCUUCAGUUAAUCAUGCAUUAUAUGAGGGAAUACUCUGAUUUUCUCUAUCCUAAACCCAUUGGCAGGUAUACCUGAGUCCUAGCAGUAUGAGAGAGGGUGAAUAAUUUUCUUUCCACUUUUUCCCCAUGUGGUUCAUUAUUUUAUAAACCUCUCUCCAUCCAUCCCAUUUGUCUUCUUUCUAAAACAAAAACUAAAAGCCUUAUAUUAUAAUGAAAGCACUCCACACCCUUGAUAUCUUAAUUGCUUCCUUCCUGUAUUUCUUCCAGCUGUGUGAUGCCCUUUGAGAGAUAGGACAAUAUGCAGCAUUAUAAAACGUUACCAUACCACAGAUGCAUAUUAUUACACUUGUAAUUCUGUUUGCAAUCUCACCCUAAUAAUUCCCCAUAUUGAAGGAUUUUUCUUCCUCCCCUUUUUCUAACUGCAACAUUUUUAUUGAGCACACACGCACACACACACACAAAUACACAACAGCUCCCUAUUCGGGUAGUCAGCAUGCAUUCAUCUGGAGGUUAGGUUGAAUUGUGUGCAGUUGACAGGGGAACGAGGAGUCCCAUAGGUGUGUUUUACUUGCAACCAACUGCAAUAAUAGCAAAUGCCACCAUUUGCUGUUUGUAGGGUAUCUAUGUCCCCAGUGCACAGUAGGAUAGCCUGAGGCUCCUCGGCAGUGUCAGAAUAGAUGGGCAAUUCACAUGCAAGCCAGGGUUUAACUACAGUUGACAUAGGCUGUAUCACUGGUAGAACUUGUGCUUUGAAUGCAGAAGGUCCCAGGCACAGUCUCCCCCCAAAGGAUUAAGUAGCAGGUGUUGGAGAAACCCAUUUUCUCAGUGAAGCUCUGGAAAGCUGCUGCCAGUUGGAGUAGACAACAUAAAACUAGAUGGAGAAGUAAUCUGAAUUGGAGUAAGGCAGCUUGCUCAGUGAAGAGACCACAGCUCACUGGUAGAGCUCUGCAUUCAGUAGGUCUCAGGUUCAGUACCUUUCAUCUCGUGUUAAAAGGAUCCCUGGUUGUGGAAAAAGGACCUCUGCCUGGGAGCUUGGGAGGCAGUAUCAGUCACUGGUCUGAGCUGAGAGGAGGCACUCUUAGUCCUGCUUCAGUGUGGAUUGCAAAUGCCAACAAAUGAAGCAUUGCCCCAAAAGUGGUUGCCCCAAUGUGCAUUUUAACUAGUUGCUUACAUUUCAGGAAAUCUGUAACUAAAAUGAGCACACUGAGAAUUUCCUAUAAAUAGGGAGGUUCUUUUGCUUUUCAAAAUAAAUAUUCACAUUAAUUGGGGUUGCGGGGACCAAUGUUCCCUUAAACUGCUCAUCCUGUAUUAUGGCUCCCAGCCAAAGUAAACCGCUGAGGAAUAUGCUGAUAAUUAUCUUUCCAGAGCUAUUUGUGACAUAGUUACAAUUCUGAGUUCUCUUUCUCUUUCUAUCCCUGAUGCCUGUUCCUUCCACCAGCCUCACAUACAGCUUUCUUGACAUUCAGAAGUUUGGGUAGGUACUCACGCACCAUCCUUAGAAGUGAAGAUCUUUGUGUUGGAAUCCUGUGCGACGUGGUCCUGGGUUCCCUCUAGGCACUCUAGGCAGAGAUCCACCUUUGAGCCUUCAAAUGAAUUGUGUCUUUUAUUUUUCAGGUAGGCUAUUUGAGGGCUGGACGUCGGGUUCCUGUGGUACAUCCGCGACAAAACUGUGCCAGGCUUCACGAUGUGUCAAUUUGUGUUUAGCAUGGUCUCACUAAUGGACAUCUUGUGUCUCUUCAAAGUUUAGUGACAACUAACUUCCCUUAAAAAACAAAAACAAAAAUAGAACACAUUUCCCAAGGAUUUUUUGCGGGGAUGGGGGAGGGAGGUGUUGUGGGGAGUUCAGCAGUAACUGACAUUGCACCCCCCUGCCUAGACCUGGAUUUUAAGUUUAGGGUGGUCCUGGGUGGAACAGGAGGCAAGCUCUUCUCCUUCUGGAGCCUACUUUAAGCCACAGCCUUCCCUCCCAGCUCAGUUUCUGUCUCCCUAUAUGUGGCUUAAUUUUGGAGGCGAAUAAUCAGUACUCCCCCCUUUUUUUCUUGUUUGUUUUGUCAUAUUUGGUAUUUUCCUGAGUUUAUUCCCUCCUGUGGAGUCCUUCUUAUACUGAUAAUUAACCUGUGACUUUUGUUCUCUGAAGUUUGACAAAACUUUUUCUCCAGUAAAAUAAAACAUUUGUAACAG